AUGUCUCGAGGGAUUUCGGGAGACGCUCGGGCCACUCUCUUCAAUCGCGGAACUGUCCGUGAUGGACGCGGUGAGGUUGUCCAAGAGAUCGAGUUCGUGGCACACUCUGUUGACCCCGCUGAGGCUGACACAUAUUGGGUGCCUAUGUGUAAUGUGGAAGGACCGCCUCCCGAGCCGUGGGUUCCCAUGAGGCCUUUUUCGGAAAGGGUCGUUGGGAGACCGAGCAGGUGUACCCUUCCGUUCCUUGGAACCGUACGCAGCUUCUGUCACGUUCCGGAAAACGUCGACUUUCGAUUACCCCUCGAGGGGGAGAGGGCUGACGAGCCUACCGAAGGCUUUUUUACUUUGUACGAGGAGCAUCUGAUGCGUGCUCGCCUAUGGUUUCCCAUUCCGUCGGUUAUAGUAGAGCUUCUAAACCGUUUGGAAGUUUCGAUAAGUCAGAUCUCUCCCCGCGGUAUAAAGCAUCUUGUUGGGUUGCUAGUCUUGGGAUAUGAGCGAGGCAUGGAGCUUACUGCUGAUUAUCUCGAAGCUUUCCUUACCCUGUCUCGUGUUGGGACUGAUCGUCUAUAUGCUUUUAAACCGUGUACUUUUAUGGAAGUCCUGAAAGGAUUCCCUCAGGGCGAUCGUGGAUGGAAGAGUUAUUUUUUUUACGUUAGAUUGGAUCAAGCCUCGGUCGCCGCGGAGUGCCUUCCAUCGUUUAGGCGACUGUGGGGGUUAGGAGUGCACAACCCGAUUCCCCCUUUUCCGGAAGAUCUAUGCGUUGUUCGAAACCUUCUCCGUGGUGGCCCGCUGUUUUGGGGUCACUUUUCUCCCGAGAGGGUCCGCGCUGCAGUCGAAGCUCAUCGAUCUCGUUUCAGUUCGUCGAUUGAUGAUGACAUGGGGGUGUUUUUUGAAGAUACCUCCUUGCCUGCUGUCUAUGCCACUAGGCAGAGUAGUGGUCAAAGGCCGACCGAGAUUGAGGAUGAUGCAGAACCGACCGUUGAGGAUCCCAUAUUUGGUGGGUGA